AUGAUUGAGGGUAUAAAAAUUAAGGCAAGUGAGGACUUGGUCAAUAUGCUUCUGGGCUGUGAUUCUUUUGAAUCUGAAGAAAAAUGGCAAAGCAAAGGGCUGAAUGUGCCAAAAUUUGGCAAGCUGGGAAAACGAACAAAACGAUGUUUCUUACACGUUUACUUCGACGGUGCAAGAAAAAAUAAGGGAGGAAAGAUGAUAAACCCAAACGAUCCCGAAGAGAAUCCGGAGAUGUUUGUUCAUCUAGAACCUUCGUCUCUUGUUGCCACCACUCCUCCUUCUCCUCCCCCAAAAUCGAGAGCUAGGCUAGAGAAGCCAUUUGGGAGGCGGACUAUUAGACCUGCCCCCGAGAAAAGAGAUGGUGAUGUUAGGAAAUUCAAUACUUCUUCGCGGCCAAGGUAUAGUAGCUCUACACGACCUAGUACUGCAAGCUCGGAGUCUAGCUUUGAGCAUUCGCCUCUCCACCCUCGAGCUAUGAGGCGAGGCAGCGAAUCUCCGACUUGGGAAGGUUCUAGAAGCCCAGAUAGUGGCCAUGGCACACCUUCUAGGUCACAUUUGAAGCCAACUCGUUCGGAUGAAGUUGCGAUAAAGAACAAAGACAAAGGAAAAGCUCAGGGUGCGUUGCCUCAAGUGACCGAAGCAGGAAUUCAGGACGCAACAAAGGCAUGA